CAGUCCCGCCCCCCUGACACUGCCUCGAGCCGCCGCCGCGAGAGCAUCCUCCGCCCAGAGCCGCUCCCGCCGCCACAGCCGCCCCCGCCGCCGCCGCCGCCGCCUCCGCCGAGGGAAGGGAAGCGUAUCGUAUGUCCGCUAUCCAGAACCUCCAGCCCUUCGACCCCUUUGCGGAUGCAAGUAAGGGUGAUGACCUGCUCCCGGCCGGCACUGAGGACUACAUCCAUAUAAGGAUCCAGCAGCGCAACGGCAGGAAGACCCUCACCACAGUCCAGGGCAUCGCGGAUGACUACGAUAAAAAGAAACUGGUGAAGGCCUUCAAGAAGAAAUUUGCCUGCAAUGGUACUGUAAUUGAGCACCCCGAGUAUGGAGAAGUGAUUCAGUUGCAGGGUGACCAGCGCAAGAACAUCUGCCAGUUCCUUGUGGAGAUUGGACUGGCUAAAGACGACCAGCUGAAGGUCCACGGGUUUUAAGUGCCUGUGGGCCCCUGGAGCUUUGUGCAAGAAGAUAUCCUUACCAUGAACUUGCCACCUGUCCCUUGUGAUAAGUUUAAAACCAGCCGGUUUGUGUAAUGUAACGAUCUUGGGUCCACUCGUGGGUCUGGACUGUUGUAAUUGGUGAUGUAAUAAACUGACACGAGCCCAUGCUA